AUGGAGUUCAAGCUCUCAAAAGGCGACUUGACCCGACGUAUAUUAUUCUCCGACCAGCCCUCGUGGGAUGAGCUAGCCAACAAAAUCGAGGUUCUCUACGGCAUCCCUGCACGACAUGUUGGCGUCUCUUACGUAGACAUAGACGGGGACGCGGUCACACUUUCCACCGACCGUGAAUUGCACGAGUUCUACCACUCCACUCAUCGCUUUGGCGAACCUAUCAAGUUCGACGUCCUUCACCUCGAUCGUGAAGACAAGCCUCUUCCGGAGACGCCGUUCUUCGGCCCCCAGCGCAAUACGUUCGGGACUCAAUCAGGAAUCCCUCUGAUCUUCGAAGUGGAUGACGGAAGCUGGCAAAGGAUACCCUCGUUCAGAGGAGGUAGCAGAUACUACGGGGAUGAUGACACGGAACCUCACGCUUACGUGGAGACUAUUCCUAGCGACGCCGAGUUGUCGCUCAAGGAUGAAAGAGACAUCACCUCGUCAUCGACCGUCUCAGACCUGGGCAAUAUUAUCUCCCCAACUCUCAACAAACGCAAGGGCAAGUCUCGUGCCCGCACGGACUCGAUGGUAUCGGUGCUUGCGGCAGACAACCCCGAUAAACCUCCAGUUCACGUAUACGACGUCAGCGACGCCCGCAUUCCCAGCGCUCAAACAUCUGGUGUAAAGAAUCACAUGGAUCGUUCCCGCUCAUCUCACUCUAUGCGAUCCGAGGCUACCGUCAAGGUCGCCCUCCGUAAUACAACUGGAACUGGUACGAAGUCUCCCACCGUCCGGAGCCCUGUAUCUCCCGGUCCAAAACCAUCCUUGUACAAUGAUCUAGCGAGCUUGCUCAACACGGCAACUACGAUCGUGCGUAGCGCCUCUAACGGUGAAUACUGGACGCCGGAGACCGAAGCCGGCGCUCACGAUGUCAACGAUCUUGCACAAAACACGGAGCAUAUAAGAGAGGAGGAGGCGAAGAAACGAGUUGCAGACGCCAUUGGAGGGAUGUUCAAUGUUCUAGGCGUUUCUCCGGAUGUGCUGCCCAAAAGUGAGGAUCCGACGGCUACCUCUACACCGGCCGCAGGUCGAUAUGCACUUGCAUCAGACAUACGCUCGACAGCCUCCGAACGAUAUCCCCCCGUAGAGGACGUUUUCCGUAUCCUAGGCGGUCCUCCCUUAGGUGAUGUCUGCGCCUCGUCUGAAGUGGAGACUCCAUCACCGUCGCCCAUCCGGCCUCGGCAGGCUGCUUCUACCCAAGUUCAGUCGUCACAAUCACUACCCUCGGAACCUAUUCACCUUCCUCCUCCACCGUCGGCUGCCACUGGCGCUCCGUCAAUCCAGAUGACGGAUGGUCCUAGUACACGUGAACGAUUGGAAGCAGCCAAGAGACUUUACCAAGAGGAGAAGGCUAGAUAUCGACACGAGAGAGAACAGCGUCGGAAGGAAAGAGAGCGGAAGCUUCAAGAAAGGUCCCCUCCGAUAAACAAAGACGCGGGACCAACGUUACCCGUGGAGAAUGACAAGCAGCCCACACCACGACACAAUACUCAAGCUCCCCGUCUCAUCCCUCAGUGGCAGAUUGUCAGCAAUGCGCGGGGCCCAUACCCACAGCUUGAGAUUUUUGGCGUUGGUGGCUCACGCAAAGAGCCUGGUACGGCUUUUGCGGGGCCCAGCCGUCGACACGUGUCCGACCCAUCUGGACCUUCGGAGUCAACCAUAACCAAAUCAACCCGGCGCAUCAGUAGGAAACUGGCGGAUAUGGGGUUUACGGACGACAAGUAUCCUCGGAUCAAGUCCUUGAUGGGCUCGCACGUUCGUCCGGAUAGUAUGCUCUCGAGGACUGAGGAGGACGAGAUCGUUACCAAGAUGCUUGAAGAAAUCCUCUCCUUUUCGCCGAAGGGUACCAACGGCACGCCGACGGCGUCAAGACCGGCAUCGACAAUCCCUACUGGAUGGAAAUGAGCCAGUUUGCCCCC